GAUUACUAUAUUUAUAUUUAAAAAAAAAAAAUGAAUUAACCUAAAAAAGGAAUUUUAAUAAAACAUUAAAAUACAAUUGAAAAAAAAGAUAUUACAUGGGAUGAAAAAGCUAUUGAAGAACAUGAUUAACAAAGAGGAAAAACAUAGAAAAUAACUGAACCAAAAACGCCUUAUAAUCAUGAAUUAAAUUAUUAUGAUACAGAUGAUAUUGAUUAAUUAUAUGAAGCUGAAAUAAAUAAAGAAAAAAUGGAAAAUAAAAAAAUUGAUAUUAAUAAAUUAAAUUAAGUCUUAAAAGAAGAACUUGAUAGAGA